UUCUACUGCCGGAACACGGUGGGCGUGGCGGAUCCUGCUGCGCUCUUGUGUGCGGUAAGCAGCGAAGUGAAGGUCAAGGAUUGAAGGCAUGGCAAACGAGUCAGUGGUGGUGCAGUCUCGUCUGGAGAGGCAUAUCAAACUCAGGAUAGGUGAAGUGCGUAAUAUCCCUCCACCAGCCAGGGAACUGAGAGGUAAAGAGGGAAGGGACAGCUAUGUCAUCGUGGCUUUGGACAGAGAGGAGAUUUUUAGGACAGCCACAGCUGAAAAAUCACUGAGUCCUUUCUUUGGGGAAGAAUUUGGAUUCCUGGUCCCACGUGACUUCAGACAGCUGUCGUUUUCUAUGUGAUGGCAAACGAUUGCCUGCCUCUGUCGAGAGACGCAAAGAUUGGGAAAGUUGCCAUUUACAAAGACGCUCUAAUAACGGGAGAAGCCAAGGAAGACAAAUGGUAUCGACUCCAACCCAUUGAUCUGGAUUCUGAGGUCCAGGGCAAGGUCCAUCUGUUAUUCAACUACAGGGAAAAGUUUGAUGAUGGUCAAACAUACUUUGAACUCAGUGUAAAAGUGAUAGAGGGCUGUGGACUGUCUGGCCUCGGUCCAAGUGGGUUUACCGAUCCUUACGCACAGGUUGUCAUUCUGGGACCAACCGGUUUGAUGUCGGAGGUGAGGAAAGGGUUAAUUCACAGAAAGGACAAUGACCCACAGAUGAACGAAACUUUCUUUUUUCCACUGAGCGAGACUGAGUUGAAAGAUGCUAUUGUCAGGGUGAGCUUGUGGCACCACACGUCACUCUCAGAGGACCUCUUCCUGGGCCAGGUGAACGUGUCCACGAGUGAAAUAGACAGUUCCCGUGCCUACCACGGCUGGUUCCAGUUGUCACCGCGGCCGCCAGACACCCAGAGUGUCCUACAGGACAAGGUUGACCUGGGGACGAUGCGGCUCAGCGUCAGCUACUCUCAGGACAGAAUCUUCCCUCUCGAGAUGUACAGACCUCUGCAGACACUGCUGCUACAGACACUGGAAGUCCUAGAUAUCACGGACUCAGCUCUCUAUAUCCUCAGUGAGGUCUACAAAGACAAGUCCAGCAUGACCCGCUCACUAGUCAGAAUCUUCUUCAAACUUGGCUCUUUAGAGCAGUUGAUAAAGAGACUUAUUGAGCACGAGGUCUCCGUGACCUCUGACCCCAACACCCUCUUCCGUGGCAACAGCAUAGCAACCAAGAUGGUUGAUGAGUUCAUGAAGCUCAUUGGUCUGUCGUAUCUCCGGAGAACUCUACAAUGCUGUAUUGAUGAGAUAUUUGAGUCUCGGAAAUCGUGUGAAAUUGAUCCUUCAAAGCUGUGUGACGGAGAAAACAUUGAUGUGAACAUGACCAACCUCUUGUACUUUGUGGAGAAGAUCCUCAGUGCCAUAGUGUCUUCCUCUCUCUCUUGUCCACGCCUCAUGUGCAGAAUAUUCUCCCUCCUCUCUCAAGCGGCUGUCAGAAAGUUCCCUGAUAAACACAACAUAGUCCAAUACACGGCAGUGAGUGGGUUCAUAUUCCUAAGGUUCUUUGCUCCAGCCAUCCUCUCUCCUCGUCUCUUCCAGCUCCGAUCUGAGAUUCCCACCCCAGUAGUAGCACGAACACUGACCCUCAUAUCAAAGACAGUACAGAGCAUGGGCAACAUUGGAACACUAUCAAACAAGUCAUCGGGAAGUCAUAAGGAGUCCUACCUGGUCCCACUGAAUGAACAGCUGAUGGACGAGAGUCAUAUCAGAGACAUCAAGACAUACCUGACAGCCAUAGCAGACCCUACAGGAGGCCAAGACAUUGGACUGGAUGACCUCACCUACAGAGAAGGAUUCCUGAUAAAGAGGUCACAGGGGAGACGGAAAGGGCCGAAGGGACCUAAGAACUUCAGGAGACGAUACUUUGUUCUGACGGGCAAGUCCCUGACCUAUGCCAAGUCUCGGGGCGACUCUCCGCUGUGUGAAAUUCCUCUCUCUCACAUGCUGGCUGUGGAGAGAGUGGAAGACCAGGCCUUCAAUAUGAAGUUUAUGUUUCAGGUUGUUCAACCGGGCAGGAUCCUGUACAUGCAGGCCAAGAACAGCGUGGAACUAAAAGAAUGGUUGUCGUCACUGGCGAGGGUGUGUGGAACAGGUGGCGGAAGACAGGACAUGUUCCACGCUGGAGCCUUCAUCAACAACCAGUGGACCUGUUGUGGUGGUAUCAGAGAUGAACCUAACUCUGGCUGCAAAUCUGUCACACUAGCUAUGCAGGUAUUAUCGGGUCGUGGAGACAUUGAUCUGGAGAGGGAGCUGAACAGGGUCUACCGCAUGUUCCUCGAAGGUCAAACCAAACUCGUCACAUUGAAAGGAGAGGCCACCCUGUCAGCCAGAAGAGACUCAACAUCUCUGCCGUUGAGAGUCAGCAACCUCUGCGAGCUGCUCAUCUUUGUCAAGAACCUCGAACUCUCCUGCACGGCCCAACCUGAGCCUCAACUAGGCUCCAAACACGCCCCCUAUGUGUGUCCGGUGGAUCAAGCACUGGUCGUCAGAUGA